AUGUCUAGCGUGGCGUCGGGAUCAGCUUCGGGAUCAGCUUCGGGAUCUGGAUCUGGGUCUGGAUCUGGGUCUGGAUCUGGGUCCGCCUUGGGCACAAAUUCAGGCACAGGCUCAGGCUCGGGGAUCGGGUCUGGAUAUGGAUCUAGUGGUGCAUUCAGUUUUGCAAACUCUCCAUUCCAGACGGACAAGCAGCAAAGUGGCCCCACGGGCCCCCAUGCCAGCCAACUUAUGGAUACAAUUCGCGAUGUGGCGGUCUUUGCUUGGGGUAUCGUGGGUAUCAAUCGUUCUUUGGAACAGUAUAAAUAUGGAACCCCGUCGGGUGAUGCACAGCCUGAGGAUGCGUUUAUGGAUGAUGCUUGA